AGCAGGUUCUCGUUCAUGUCAACCAACAUGUUCCCCCCAACUGUUACCCGAAGAUACGAGAAAGAUGGAGAACAAGAUAAGCUCAAUGGACAAGCUUCUUUAAUAGUGCUUGACAUGUCCUCUUUCUCGUCUGUUUCUUGGUCCUGCUCUUUUCCACUUGUAUCUAUAUUUUGGUUUUGUCAUGGAAAAGGCAGUAGAGUCCGAUAUCUCCUUUGGAGCUGGAAAUAGCUCUUCAUCGUCAACCGAGAAGAACCCACAUGUCUCAGCUCAAGAUGACCACCGACGAGCAGAUGUCGAGCAUUGCGUGGGCAAUUUCGAUGAAGUUCUCGAGGUCAGACAGGGCUUGAAACAACGACACAUUCAGAUGAUUGCACUUGCUGGGACUAUCGGGACGGGUCUUUUUCUCGGCUCUGGAAAAGCUAUUGCACGAAGCGGUCCUCUAGGUGCUUUCCUUGGAUACUCGGUUCGUGAAAGCCUUUUACAAUUCUGUUGUUGAUUUUUUUCUUUUCAAAAGAUACACAGAACUUUCAGGCCUCUACUCUAUCUCUGCCAUCAUACUAAUGAGUCAAAAGGUGGUUGGUCUUGCUGUGGCAACCGUUAUUUUCGCCUGCGGAGAAAUGGGGGCACUAGUCCCUCUGAACGGUGGAAUUGUUCGAUACGCAGAGCACUUCUUCGAUCCUGCAUUAGCGUUCGCAGACGGUUGGAAUCUAGUAUAUUCAUACAUGAUGUCAAUUCCUGCCGAAAUUGUAGCAGCCGCGGUCUUAAUUGAGUUUUGGAUCACAAUCAAUAAUGCCAUCUGGAUCACUGUGUUCGCCAUUCUCAUGCUUCUCACUGCACUGCUCUUUGUAAGAGUUUAUGGAGAACUGGAAUUCGGCUUUUCGAUGCUGAAAAUCAUGCUCAUUGUUGGCAUAAACAUUAUGGCGCUGGUCAUCACCUGUGGAGGUGGCCCAAACCACGAGUCUAUCGGCUUCAGAUAUUGGAAGAAUCCAGGACCUUUUGUUCAAUACUUGGGUGUUGGUGGAUCUCUAGGACGCUUCAUGGGAUUCUGGACGACACUUAACAAUGCCCUAUACGCUUAUUCUGGCAUUGAGAAUAUCACUUUGGCCGCUGCUGAGACUCAGAAUCCAAGAAGAGCAAUCCCUCAAGCAGCGAGACGAAUCUUUGUUCGGAUUUUGAUUUUUUACAUCUUGAGCAUAUUCAUGGUCGGAUUGGUAUGUAAAUCCUCAUAUACCUUUUCUCUUCAGGCUUCUUUUCAUCUACUAAUUCUUGCAGAUGGUUCCUUCCGAUAAUCCCAACCUUCUUCGUUCAACCGGUACAGCUGCUCAAAGUCCAUUCGUCAUUGCCGCCUCCUUAGCUGGCAUCAAAGUUGUCCCAUCAAUAAUCAAUGCCGUAAUCCUUACCUCUGCCUGGUCCUCUGGAAACUCGAGCUUACUUGGCGGCUCGCGUGUAUUAUUCGGGAUGGCAGUCAACGGCCACGCACCACAAUUCUUCAAGAAAAUGAAUCGUUUCGGUAUCGCAUACAUGUGUGUUGGUCUUUACGGACUCUUCAUGGGAUUAGGAUACAUGACGCUUUCCACAUCUGCCAGCACCGUCUUCACUUGGCUACAAGAAAUCGUAUCGAUAUCUACCCUCGUGAAUUGGAUAUCCAUAAUCAUCGUCUACCUACGUUUCUACUACGGCUGCAAAGCUCAAGGGAUUGAUCGUCAUACUGAGCUUCCAUGGGCGUCACCUCUCCAACCUUAUGCUUCUUGGGCCUCUCUCAUAUUGUUCAUCCUCCUUCUUUUCACGGGUGGUUACAGCACAUUUAUUCAUAACCAUUGGGAUACCGAAACUUUCGUUUCUUCAUAUAUUAAUAUCCCGAUCAUCAUCGUUCUCUACUUUGGCUAUAAGUGGUACAAGAAUACCAGUAUUGUCCCGUUGAAGGAGAUCCCCAUUCGUGGGUUCCUUCAUGUGUGGCAUAACAACCCAGAACCACCACCAACUCCUGAGAAGGGAUGGCAGAAGUUGAAUAUCAUGUGGUCGUGA